CUCACCCUGCUGGUCAGGACUCAGGACCCCACAGAUCUCCCACAAUUGUUGGUUGUGCUUCGUUCAAGCUGCUCCUCAAACAAGAUAAUUCCCUGCAGAGCAAGGGUAGUUGAAACCCACCAUGACAAAACAAGAGGCACAGCAAGAAGCCCUUUGGGGCCCAUGAGCCAUCAAGGACGCUGUGCUUAUCAGGCCCAAACACACUGCCUGCUCUCCUCCAUGUAGCCUGGAGUUGGACUAUCAGUUCUGUAAAGAGGAGACUAGGAAGUCUUGGUACCAACUGGCAGCUGUCUAGCCUAUAGGAUGACCACUUGCUCUAUGUCAAGGUUGUCUGUGUCAGGAGCUGCCAUACAAAGAAACAAUGCCAUAGUCCCUCCAGCUCUGCCAGCCUUUCCUUCUGCCCUUCUGGCUCUCCCCCACCACUGGCUGCACCUUAGCUAGGGAGCACUCUUGGAAGCUCCAAGAAGGGCUGCAUAGGCAGCCUGGGUAACAGGCAGGUCCAGUGGCAGCCCAGACUGCUCUUCCUGGGGCCAGGAAAAGUCAUUCUUGCUCUAGCUGCCCCUCGAACCUCUGAGGACCCCAAAAAGGCUCCAACUAAGGCACUACUGAGCAUGGGGUUGGGAAGGGCUCUGGUUCUGCUGGUUCUCAGGCAAGAAGUAGUUUUUGGAGGAGUUUAGUGAACCUGAGAUACACCAGGAAAAUACAGAAUUAUCAGUGGCUUCCCUGACUUUCUCUCUCAAACCUGGGAGGGUAAAGGGGCAAGAAGGGCCAGCCCCAGCACUCCCAUUCUCCUCUGACCACAGCUGGGAACAUGCAGAGCUCCCCUUGGAGAGCAACAGCUGGGGCACAUGCCACAGGGUCACCUGACUAGGCUGCUGGUUAUAUCGGGCACCAGGCGUCCAUUGAUCUGCUUUAAAUAGACCCCUGGGAAUGUGCCUCUUUCCUCCUUAGAGGAGGAGGAAGACCUCCCCGCCCCUUCCAUGGGCUUGUCCUGCUUGUUCACAGGCCUAAGCUUAAAAUGACAAAAUAUCAACUGCCAACCAAAGAGGGUUAUUCUUCAGCUGUUUGGGGAUAGCCACACCCAGCAGCCCCACUUCUGUCUACAAAGAAGAUGGGAUUUAGUGGGCAGCCCCAGAUCAGGCCAGCCAAGUCUUAUUGGCUAAUUCAGCUCCCAGUUGGCUGCCCACAGAACCUAGGCAAGGCUAUGACACUAUCCAAAUGGGAACACAGGCCCACUGGGCAUGAGUCUGCAGCUUUCCAACUUCAUAACUUCAGAGGACGCUGCCCUUGUAACAGAAGCUUCUAAUCUACAAAUCCUCCUUUCCCUGCCCAGCAAGCUUACUUAGCCUGAGCCUACUGCUCUGGAAAUCUGGACUCUUAAGACCUCUCAGACAGACCCAGGGUCCCAACACUGUUCACUCACAAGCAAGUGCCUCCCCUCCCUCUCACUAGCUCCCCCCGUCUUUCCCUGAGUCUUUGGGUGUGGCAUACAAGUGAGAAAGCUUUCCCUGUCCACCCGCCUCCUGCUCACUUCCUCUUUUAAGGAGUGUUUCCAUGGGGCUACAUUAGGUAAUGUGAGUACAUUGCCAAGUAGGCUGGAAAAGUCAGACCAAGUACAGAUAAAGAGGAAAGGAAGAAAAGCAGUCCUGCUCCUGAACCAUGAGGACAUCAUUCCUCUAACAAUGAGACCCCUGAAAGCCUGAGGUACUGGCAGAGAGGUCCCCGAGCAGGAAAGAGGAUCAAGUCCUUGCACAAGCCUGUUCCACCUGACUAGAGGAAGGGUCUCAUUUGGACUGACCAGAGGGGAUGCCUGCAUGGGCAGCACCCUCAGUGGGGCUCUCUGCUGCACUAUCUUGCUGCUCAAAGUAGAGAAGGCCUCCACAGAGAGGGCAUGGGCAAUAGGAACACUGUAUAGGCCCCUGUUCUGCUGCAUGACUGCAGUGAAGCUUCGCACUCUCAGGUCUCAGCUGUCCCUAUGUAAAAGAGAGGAAACAGGAAUGGAUGACCAGGAGCAACCCAGGAUUCUGUGCCUCUUCGUACAGUGCAAACUGGAAUCUGAGUUCCUUGACAGAAGGAUGCUAACCCUGGGGUGAUGCAUGAAAGAAGUCAGAGUAACUCAGAAACCCUUUCACUUCUGACAGGAAUUCAUCUACUUUUCCACCAUAGAAACAUCUGCCUGCUAGCUCCACCAUCAUUAAAAUGACAACUUCCUUUCUCUAGCUAGUCUAGUUUCCUUCAAAACAGACAACAGAAACAUCCUGGGAAUGAAGGACAGAUGACAAUCCUGAAAGGUGUUUGGGGAGGGCUAGCUGACAGUGCAGGAGGGGAGGGUAACAGUUCCCAAAGCCAGUAAGAUGGAAGGCUGCCUUGACUCUCCCAGCCCUGGCCAGGCCCCACACAGAGGGCAUUUCUGCAGCCUGGGUCUCUCUUAUAGCUGGUGACUGUUCAUGGGCAUAUCAUCUCCUGGUUAGUGCAGGGAUAAAGGGACAUGUCUAUGUCAUGGAGAGGGGGAGGGUGGGAGCAGGAUGAUUAAAACAGUGUUCUGUGAAGAGCAGCUGGAAAAACUAGAGAAGGUAUCAUGGGGCUGGGGAUGUAGCUUAAUGGUAGAGCACUUGUGUAGCAUGCAUGAGGGCUCUGGUUCCAGCACUGUGGGCAGAGAAGGUACCAUGUACUUCACAGAAAGGAAAUUCAGAAGGUGCACAUCAGCUGCCACCCAGUUUCUGAAAAACUGUGAGGAGAAGAUGGCUGGAUCCUAACUGAUCAAGUGGGACUCACAGGAGGUGGACAGGAGUCCAAUCUGCUGCAAUGGGGCGGCUGCCUUAGCAGGCAGGGCUCUUCAACAUCAGAGGUGCUCAGGCAGAGGCUGCAUGCCACAGAAGGGUAGCAAGACAUGUACAGCAUAGAAGUCUUGGUCAGAUGACCUGAAAGGUGAUUCUCAACCUGCUAGGCCAGGCAGCAGUGCUGGGAGGGGCAGGCCACAGCCUAUCUCAGGCAGAACCGCAACAGAGAGCACUGCCUGCCCAGCGACAAGGUGGCAAUCACCAAAAACCAAAAGUCUGUUACCUACUGCCACCCUCAUCCCUAGGAUUAAGGGAAUUGCCUUGGUGAACUGGUUAAAGCUGGGUUGGCACAAGGCUCUAAAGAGGCACUGGCUCCCUUGUACCCACAGGAGGUGGAAGGGUAAAGAAGCCCUAGUGCACACUAGGAUCCAACUCAGACUGGCCUAGAGCUUUGCCUUGGGCUCUUGGGCACCCCUAGAAAGAAAAGAGGCUCUCUAUAUAGACAGGCCUCUUCUUCUUAGGCUAGAGGAAUAAUUCCAAGCCAAGAGAAAGGGAUUAGUGACUUCUGAUCCCAUCUGGACAAAGACCCCCUAGAGAAGAAGGAGCACAUUUACUCUUCUCACAGACCAAUAAAUAUAUGGGUAAAGAAAUCAGACUAGUGGAAAAGAAUGGAAUACACCAGAAGACUCAGGUUUGUAUCCCCAAGUCAGGACCACCUUCCCCCAUCAGUUUUCACCUUUAGCUGAUCCCAGCUAGAGUCCCCAUGAAUCUGCUCUUGAAGUCUGAUUCUUCUGCAUACAAUGAAAGCCAAGUACACCAGGCUGGAAUCCUGAGGCCUGUCUCCCCCCACUCCCCAAAGGCAUUCAGGGGAGGCACCAAAAGUACUGAAUGACCCAGGGGCUGGCAAGGGAGCUAUGCCAGCAGAGGUACCCUGGCCAAACUUGGGAGUGGUGUCUCAAGAUAAAGGAAUGUUAACAGCAAACUCCUACCACCUCAUGGUCAGAAACUCUUUAACAACCCUGGCCUCGGAUGGCAGUCCCUCAAAGCAAGCUCUCAAUGUCACUAUUAUCCCCAGCUUCCCUGGCCAAUUCUAUCUCCUGCCUCCUCCAACUUCCUGCUUCCCUCAUGAGCCACCAGGGGUGCAUGGGGUGAGACCUGACAAACCCGUUCUGCGGGCUGUGGGAGGAGAGAAGGUGGCUUCCUGGUGCUGCCUCACAGUGUGUGGCCAGCCCCCUUGGACUCCAGAUACUCUCUGCCUCUGUCUCGCCCUCAACAGGAGUGUCUGCCUCUCCCACAGAAGCCCCAACAGGAGUACACACAGAAUGGCGGCCACUGACUUUGUGCAGGAGAUGCGCUCAGUGGGUGAGAGGCUAUUGAAGAAGCUGCGAGGGCUUCCCCAGGCUGAGCCCGUGGAGCUUGUGGCUUUCUCCAUCAUCAUCCUUUUCACAGUCACUGUUCUGCUGCUGUUGCUGACAGCCUGCAGCUGCUGCUGUGCUCACUGCUGCUGCCCAGAGCGGAGAGGAAGGAAGGUUCAGGUGCAGCCCAUGACCCCCCCAUGAGGGACAGCACUGGGAUGAAUGAAGAGAAGAUGGACAGAAGACCCCCAGAUGCAGGACACAGGCUGUUGACCUGCUCUACGGUCCUCACCCCUCUGGACAAGGAUUCCCUGUCCCAGCUCUGGCUGUGCCCAGGUACCAGGACACUGAUGCCCAGAACCUUAUCAAGGAAACAAGGGUUGGUACAAGCAUAAAACUCUGCCAGUGGACACUGGGUGCCGAGGAGGAGCUGACUGCUUCAAAGACUCAGUAAGCCACCUGAGUCCUCUGCCAAACUCAUUUUUUUUUUUUUGCGCAAACUCACUUUUUCAGAAAAUGAAGAUGUAGGAGUCCCCAUAUUUUGUGGGGAACAGCCCACACCUAUGGGGAGCUGGCCCUUAGGGCUCUGCUAAUUCAUGCCAAAGAGGAGCAAGUCAAUCAGAGAGACUUUGUGCAACAGCUACUGGAUUCCAAGCUUCCCACCAGAGGGGAACAUGUCAGUAUUCUAGCCCAAUAUUUGCCUGUUUAUUUCCAAGUAAAAGUUUUUGGUUAUGUGUUUCUGAGGUCGAUUUGGGCUCUGUGCACCAGGGGUGUGGUACCAGAAUCCCAGGGCCAUGGCCAGUGAUUUUUUUUUUUCCAGGCUGUUCUCCCUAUGCCAAUGAAAGCUGGAAAAUCACGCAAUGGCAUGGGUCCAGUAUAGGGACACAGUGAUACUCUUGUCUUACAUCAGCUGCUAACAAGCACUGGCUGCUGAAUGGGCUCUGUUGAGUGAUGGAAACUGUCUGCUGCAGGUUAGGUACUAGGCCAAGGAAUACCACUUAACAUUUCCCCCUGCCCUUACCUUCUGCUACACACCCCUCACUAACAGGCUUAGACUACUGGAUCCUCCCAAACUUCUGUAAUCAGAGAAGAGAGCUUAGGCCCCUCAGUAGUCUAUAAUCUGCAUUCUGACCCAUUGGACCUGUCCCCGUCUGUGUGCUGACUAUCUGGGACUACACCGUCACAAGUUACAAGUUGUGUGACUCAACCUCCGCAAUUCAUUUUUCCCUUCUAGUGAAAUGGGCUAAUCUGGUGCUUGCUUCCUGGGUAUGAUGGGAGGAUAAACUAAGAUGAACUAUGUCUAGUACUUAGUAUAAUGCUGGCAUGGCCUAAGAGCUGCAUAAUUAUAUACUUUCAUUAUUUGUCCCUCUUAACAAGGGACUAACUCAGAAUACGUGGAACCAUUUUAAAGAACAGUCCUGGGCU